AUGAAAAUUCUUAAAAAUAUUUUCAACUUUUUCAUCAUGUUACUACAGAUAUAUUGUGUUUCUUCAAAUAAAAGAAAAAAGGAAGAAAUGAACAUUUUGAAUUUUUUGCCUAGUAAUUCUUUGCUAUAUCCAUUAGACUUCCAAAAAAAUUGGCAAGCAUCAGAACCUAUUCCUAUUAGCAUUCAUUACAACGAUUUAUUUGAAGCAUUGGAAUAUCAUAAUGAUUUAGAAAAUCAUAUUAAAGAAAGGGAGGAAAUAAAAAGAAGGAUAAUUAAUGAACAAAAAAGACUUGAAGUAAAUAUAUGGGAUAAACUUCAAUUUCUUAAAAUAAAGAAUACGAUGCUACAAAAAAAGAAUUCUCUUAGAACAAAUAAAAAUAAAAUAUAA